CGUGUGUGGUGUGUGUGUGUGUGUGGUGUGUGUGUGUGUGUGUGUGCGUGUGUGUGUGUGUGUGUGUGGUGUGUGUGUGGUGUGUGUGUGUGUGUGGUGUGUGUGUGUGUGUGUCGUGUUGUUGUGUUGUGACUAUUUCAGUUUUCAGCUGCACAGACACAGAGUGGCGGUGAGACUGUGUGCCUUGCGUUUGGCCUCUCACACAUAAAGCUGUUAUUGGAUAUAUUUCUCCGCUCUAGACGAAGCCCUCACAAGGUCCACAGUGUCACUGUGUCCAUCUCUGCUUUCUGUUGUGUCGUCUGUCCCUCCUCACAUCAGUCCGUGUGCUCUUCAGGCCGUCAUGGCGCUCUCCUCGCGACUAAAACUUUGGGAACAGAAGAUCAAAGAGGAGAAGAAGCCUCCUCCCGCCGCCGCCGCAGCAGCGCCUCCUCCACCUCCUCUCUCGGCCGUGCCGGGAGGAUUCCUCAAACAGCUGGUGAGAGAAACAGAGAAAGAGAUGCGGCACAAAGAGCCGGAGGUCAAAGAGGAGAAGGCGCCCAGGAAAUUAAGCGAUAACCUGGUCCAGCACUUCUCUCUUCCGGAUGAGACUCCGCCCAUACUGGAAGCAGAGAUGACACUGCGAGCCGAGCAGCUGGUGAACGGUGAACGCGGACGACACGCGACGCUAACAGAGAGAAAAAUCAUUUCACCUGAUCCACAUCAUCAGAAAACAGACUGGAAACCCACAGAUCAGAGAGCGCUCAGUCCCGCGACAGACAACAUCACAGAGACGUCUCGGAUUCAACCGGAGGUGAAAGAAGCGAAGAGGGAAGAAGUCAAGGGAAGACAGGAAGUUGAUGCACUCAAACAGGAAGUGAAGGAGGAGAGACGAGAACCAGAAGGUGGUCUCACUGUAACACCUGUAAGAGAUGAGCCGAGGGCACCGGUGAGGGAUGUUUGGUUUGAAGCGGGAAAGGUGUGGUAUGUGCAUAAGGACGGCUACACACUCGCCACUCAGCUGAAACCUGAUGAAAGCACACCGGAGCUGCCAGAUCAGCAUGUCAGAAUUCGACUGGACUCAGACGGUUCUGUUCAUGAUGUAUCAGAGUAUGAGAUCGAGAAGAUUAACCCCGCUGAUCUGGAUCUGUGUGAAGAUCUCAGUGAUCUCGUGAGCGUCAACGAGUCCAGCGUCCUUCACGUUCUGACCAAUCGAGCGAAAGCGUGUCAUCCUCUCACUCAUGCUGGACCCAAUGUGUUGGCGCUGUGGCCUCCUCAGUCUCCAGCUGGCAAGGUCCGGAGUCGUCGCAUGGACUGUUGGUCAGCUCCUGGGCCGCUGCAGGCUCUGGUCAGACGGGUGUAUGUGUCUAUGGUGGGUCAGAGGAGAGAUCAGACGCUGGUGGCUUUGGGUCGCAGCGGUUCUGGAAAAACCACCUCGUGUCAGUCCUUCUCACUGGAGCUUCUCAAACAAGCGGGAGCAGCAGGAGAAACUCUGACCUUAGAGCGUCUGCAGGCUGUCUUCACUGUGUUGAGAUCAUUUGGUUGUGUGAGUUCACCUCACAGUGACGCUUCAAACCGUUUCGCUAUGGUGCUUUCAUUGGACUUCAACCACGCUGGACUCGCAGCUGCCGCACACCUGCAGACGAUGUUGUUGGAGAAGUGGCGAGUGUGUCAGCAGCCGGAGGGAGAGAGUAACUUUCUGGCGUUUUCUCAGAUGCUGGCAGGCAUCAGUACAGACCUCAGGACAGAACUGCAGCUGCACCAGCUGAAGGAAUACAACUUAUUUGGUAUUACAUGUCCAACAAAGGUGGAUGAAAAGCAAAGAGCGUCAGUGGGGUUUGGGAAGCUGCUGGCUGCUAUGAACACUCUGGGAUUCUCAUCCGAGGAACAGAAAGCCAUAUGGCAUGUUUUAGCAGGAAUAUAUCAUCUGGGUGUGGCGGGAGCAUGCAAAGUGGGUCGUAAGCAGUUUAUGAGUUUCGACAGCGCGCAGACGGCCAGCGCCAUCCUGGGAUGUGAGGGCGAAGAGCUUCACACGGCCGUCUUUAAACAUCACCUGAGACAACUGCUGCAGAGAGCCACCGGAGGACUCCGAGAGAGACGGGUGGAUGAAGGACUCGAGGAGGGUCCUAAAGUCAGUCCGGUUCAGUGUGUCGGAGGGAUGGCUGCUGGUCUCUAUGAAGAGUUGUUUACCACUGUAGUCUCUCUCAUAAACAGAGCUCUCCAGUCUCAGCAGCUCACGCUGGCGUCUGUGAUGGUCGUGGACACGCCGGGCAUGAGAAACCCCAGACACGGCGGUGAGGAGCGGGCGGCCGGAUUCUCUGAGCUCUGUCACAACUACUUACAGGAGAGACUGCUGGAGCACGGCUUCAAUCACACCUUCACGCACGCGCUCCACAGAUACACACAGGAAGGAGUGCCUGUAGAUUUCGCGGCUCCGGAGUCGAGUCCGUCAGAUGUCGUGAACGCUGUAGAUCAGCCUGGACGUCAGGUGAGAGGAGCAGAAGGUGACAGGCGUGGACUCCUGUGGGUUCUGGAUGAAGAGAUGCUCACUCCCGGUUCUACAGAGAACGCGGUUCUGGAAAGAGUCUGUCAGCAUUUCAGUGGAACAGUCCGUCAGUGUGAACAGCCUCUUCAUUGUGAGAUCUCUCAUGUGAUGGGUUCUGAUCCGGUCCGUUACGAUCUGUCUGGAUGGUUCGGUCAUGUUCAGAAUAAUCCAUCAGCCCUCAACGCCGGUUCACUGCUGCAGAACUCUUCUGUAGUAGCGAUCAAAGGUCUGUUCGGGCCGCGGGCGUCUGUUCCUCCUCUCUGUCGGGGUUUGGGUGGUGUUGAGGGCGGCUCUCAGCGCUCUCUGGAGAGAAGCGGCACAGUUCGCAAGACUCUGAGCGGAGGGAUGGCGGCUCUCAGGAGACAUUCUCUCUGCAUCUCUGUCAAACUUCAGGCGGACGCUCUGGUGAAUGUGAUUCGUCGAGCACGGCCGGUGUUUCUUCAGUGUUUGAGUGUUAAAACAGAUGCGGGUGUCUUUGAUGUUCCAUCACUGCGUGUACAGCUGCACUCCACACACCUGCUGCCCGCGCUACACCUCUACAGAACAGGUUACCCUGAGCACAUGUCUGUGGGUGAUUUCCGCUGUCGUUUCCAGGCUCUUUCCGCUCUUAUCAUGAAGCGUUAUGGUUCUGUCUUCAUCACUCCAGACGAGAGGAAGGCCGUGGAGGAGUUAUUGAUCGAGCUGGAUUUGGACAAGAAGAGUAUUGUGUUGGGCCUGAGUCGGGUGUUUAUGAAGCGUGGCGUCCUGAGUUCUUUAGAUCUUCAGAGAGAUCAGUUGGUGAGCGGUUGGCUCGUUCAGCUUCAGGCAUCGUGUCUGGGUCACCUGGGCCGCCAGAAGUAUCGCCGCAUGAAGGUUCAGCAGAUGGCAGUGAGAUGUAUUCAGAGAAAUGUGCGCGUUCUGACCGCAGUGUCCGGCUGGAGUUGGUGGAAGCUCUUGUGUCGAGUUCGCCCCCUGCUGGACGUCAACAUGGAUGACCAGAGACUCAGAUCCAAAGAGGAUGAGAUCAGCGCUCUGAGGAGACGUCUGGAGAAAUCAGAGAAGGAGAGAAAUGAACUGCGUCAGACCGCAGACAACCUGGAGACCAAGGUGACGGCUGUGACGUGUGAAUUAAGUGAUGAGAGGUUUCGAGGAGAUGCCAUCAGUCAAGCUCUGGACAUUGAACGAGCAGAAAGACUUCGACUCGCCAAAGAGAACAAAGAACUGCAGAGUCGUGUGGAUCAGACUAAAGUGUGUCUGGAAGCUCUUGAGAGGCAGUUAGAGGAGGAGAAGCAGAAAGUGAAAUGUAAAGAAGCUGUCGCUGGACUGGCCACAGAGAGCGAGCUACAGCUGCAGCUGGAGUGUGCGCAGACGGAGGUGGAGUUUCUGCGCAGACGUCUGCGUCAGACAGAAGAAAGACUUGAGAGUGAGAAAGAUGCCAGACAGCAGCUGGACACGAAGGUCCAGGAACUGCAGGUUCAUCUUGAACAGUCCAAACGAUCCGUGACAGAGCUGAAACGUCAGUGCAGACGGCUGACCUCUGACCUCCAGGACGCCCGUGUGUUGACAGACAGCCUGCAGGGCCGCGCUCACGAGCUGGAGAGGAAACAGAGGAGGUUUGACAGCGAGCUGACCCAGGUGCUUGAGCAGGCUGAUAAUGAGAGGGAACAGAAGGACAGAGUCAUCCAGGAGAACACCGCCCUGAGCGCUGAGAUCUUCACACUCCGCAAGACACUGAAGGAGAGUCAGGUGGAGGUGACACACUUGCAGCAGAAGAAGGAAGAGUUGUGCGCUCAGAUUGGUGAUUUGAGCGCUCCGCUUCACCUCAGCGGCGACUCCGUCCCAGAGCUGAAGAGACACGUACGUGAUCUGGAGAUGAGAGAGAGAGAGAAAGCCGAUGAGAUCAAGCAGAUGACCAUCAAACUCAAACAACAGGAGCAGAUUCAUCUGCGUUUUGAGAUGGAGAUGGAGAGGAUGAAGCAGAUCCAUCAGAAGGAGCUGGAGGACAAAGACGAGGAACUCGAAGAUGUGCAGAAAUCAUCACAGAGACGACUUCGACAGCUGGAGAUGCAGUUGGAUCAGGAAUAUGAGGAGAAGCAGAUGGUGGUUCAUGAGAAGCAUGAUCUGGAGGGUCUGAUCGCCACACUGUGUGAACAGGUGGGUCACAGAGACUUUGAUGUGGAGAAGAAGCUGAGACGAGACCUGAAGCGCACACACGCUCUGCUCAGUGACGCCCAGCUGCUGCUGUCCACCGUCGAGACGCCCGGUCAGGGUCAUGACCCCGGUGCCAAGGAGCAGCUGGAGAGACUGCGGUGCCAGCUGGAGGAGAGUGAAGCUCGACGGUGCGAGGCCGACAGCGUGCAGAAGACUCUGUCAGCGGAGCUGGAGAACGCUCAGGUGGAGCUGGAGAACAUCUGCAAACAGAAGAGUCUGGUGGAUGAACAGCUGUCUCAGCUGAGAUACGAGAGGACGGAUGUGAUGAAGAGACUUGAAGAAGACCAGGAGGACCUGAAUGAACUCAUGCAGAAACACAAAGCUCUCAUCGCUCAGUCCUCCAGUGAUAUCUCACAGAUCCGAGAACUUCAGGCUGAACUCGAGGAGCUGAAGAAACAGAGACGGACUUUACAAGAGCAGCUCCAGACCAGCGUUGCCCGUGUGCAGUUUCUGGAGUCGUCCACGGUGUCCCGCAGCAUCGUCAGUAAACAGGAGGCUCGGAUCUGUGACCUGGAGAAUAAACUGGAGUUCCAGAGAGGACAGGUCAAGAGAUUUGAGGUCCUGGUUCUGCGUCUGAGGGACAGCGUGGUUCGGCUGGGUGAGGAGCUGGAGCGGGCGGCUCAGGCCGAGAGCAGAGAGAGAGAGAAUGCACGAUAUUAUCAGCAGAGACUGACGGAUAUGAGACUGGAGAUGGAGGAUCUGACCGUCAGAGAGCAGGAGAACAGCCGAAAACGCAUGGAGCUGGAGAUGCAGGUGGAAGAGUUGAGCGCAGUGAGACAGACGCUGCAAGCAGAUCUGGAAACAUCCAUCCGUCGUAUCGUCGAUCUACAAGCUGCCCUGGAGGAGGAGGAGUCGAGUGAUGAGAGUGACACGGAAAGUGUCCAGACCGCUGUGGAGUCUUUUUCUAGAAAGAAAGAUCUCGACAGCAUGUCAAGCGUGGGGUCCAGCAUGGGAACGGAAGACGUCGGUGAAGGGAUUCGGCACUGGAUGGGCGUCCCACGAGGGAGCGGAAGCAGCUCCGGCCGUCAAUCUGUUACUGACACCAUGAGCACGUACAGCUUCAGAUCAUGCUCUCAAGACCUGGAUGAAGAUGCCAAAGAAACCUCUGGAGGUCUUGGUAGAUCAUCCUCAUCCACGGCCCUAUCCGAGCUCCUCGAGGGUCUGAGGAAGAAGCGUGCCGGAUGGGAUCGAGGUUCGGAGGCGGGCGAGGGCAGUACAGUGUCGCUGCCCAUCUAUCAGACGACGGGAGCCUCCACGCUCCGCCGCAGGGCCUCGGCGCUGUCUCUGGAAACGGAGGAGGGACUGGAGGACCUGCCCCGACCGGGCAUACUGAAACCCCCCAGCCCUCAUCUGCCCCGUGCGUCCAGUCUGCGCUCCCUCUCCGAAGCAGGGCCGACGUCAUCCACGACCACAUCCAGCUCGGGAAAACUGAGCCGCUUCGGGUCCUGCGACUCGCUGGCAUCUGUCACCUCCGCUGCAAGUUCCCGUCGCCACUUGUCCAACCUCGCCAUCCCUGAGGAAGGGGAGGAGGAGCUCGGCACGAAAGCCCCGCCUCCUCCCAGCUCCUAUCAGUCGUACCGUCGCCGUAUGCUCGGCGGUCUGGCGGCUGAAGGCGGAGAGUCGCCCUUGGGGGCGGAGCCUCUGGUGUUUCAAAAUCGGCGACUCGCAGGUAGCCAAGACAAGGCGAUGGACACUGGAGAUGCUAACUCAGACUUUCUUCCGGCGAUCCGUCGGGCGCAGUCGACCAGCAGCCUGGCAUCCAGCGGUUCCAGAGGGGGUCAGAGACGGGCCCUCAGUGUGCACUUCGGGGAGUUACCCCCACCCAGAUCAUCACGUAAAGAGUCUGACUCGGAUUCUUCCAGUUCUGGUGGAUCUCAGAAGAGACGUGGACCUCAGGGAGAGAGGCUGGAAGCUGAGGGUAGCGAGGAUGUCAACUCUGUGAUGAAGAAGUACCUGAAAAAAGCCGAAGUCGACUAGACGAGCCGAAGGCGUUCGGAGAGUGGUCCCCGUGGCACACUAGUGAAAGCACAAAUACACUGAGGAUUUAUUUUGAACUCUGUUUGUACACAUGAAUAAAGAUGUUAAAGUGAAGUGUACUCCUUUAAUUCUGU